UUCCUCUCCUUUCCGGUGAACGGGCAGCGGCACCAGGCGCUUGGGCCAGGCGCGGCCAGUUACUGACUGAGGUGGCCGCUGGGCGCGAACGACCUCUCCAUCCUCCGCCCUCUGGGCUGGAAACCCCCUUUCUUUGCAGGGGGGGAGGAGCCAACGGCUUUGCUCGAGGGUCUCCCCCUCCCGGCCGCGCUGGGUGGGGCGGGCUCGGGGUCGAGAUGACCCAGGAGCGGCCCACGUUCUAUCGGCAAGAGCUGAACAAGACCAUCUGGGAGGUACCCGAGCGUUACCAGAACCUCUCGCCGGUGGGCUCCGGAGCUUACGGCUCCGUCUGCUCUGCCGUUGAUGUUAAAACUGGGCUGCGAGUGGCUGUGAAGAAAUUGUCAAGACCAUUUCAGUCUAUCAUUCAUGCCAAAAGGACCUACCGUGAACUACGUCUGCUUAAACAUAUGAAACAUGAAAAUGUUAUUGGUCUUCUAGAUGUGUUCACACCUGCAAAGUCGCUAGAAGAAUUCAAUGAUGUAUAUCUUGUAACCCAUCUCAUGGGGGCAGAUCUCAACAACAUUGUGAAAUGUCAGAAGCUCACAGAUGACCAUGUACAGUUUCUUAUCUAUCAAAUUCUUCGGGGUUUGAAGUAUAUCCAUUCUGCUGACAUAAUACACAGAGAUUUAAAACCUAGUAACCUAGCUGUGAAUGAGGACUGUGAGCUGAAGAUUCUGGAUUUUGGGUUGGCGCGCCACACAGAUGAUGAGAUGACGGGGUAUGUAGCUACCAGGUGGUACAGAGCUCCUGAGAUCAUGCUGAACUGGAUGCAUUACAAUCAAACAGUUGAUAUUUGGUCAGUUGGAUGCAUUAUGGCUGAACUAUUGACUGGAAGAACACUGUUCCCUGGUACAGACCAUAUUGAUCAGUUGAAGCUCAUUUUGAGACUCGUUGGAACCCCAGGGGCUGAGCUUUUGACGAAAAUCUCUUCAGAGUCUGCAAGAAACUACAUACAGUCCUUGUCUUACAUGCCGAAGAUGAAUUUCGAAAAUGUAUUUAUUGGUGCCAAUCCACUGGCUGUAGACUUGCUGGAGAAGAUGCUGGUGCUGGAUACAGACAAACGAAUCACUGCUGCAGAAGCUUUGGCCCAUGCCUAUUUUGCUCAGUAUCAUGACCCAGACGAUGAGCCAGUGGCAGAUCCGUAUGAUCAGUCUUUUGAAAGCAGAGAACUUGAUAUCGAGGAAUGGAAAAGCCUGACCUAUGAUGAAGUAGUUAGCUUUGUGCCACCACCGCUUGACCCAGAGGAGAUGGACUCCUGAGAACGUUUCUCUUUGUCCCAUAUCACUGUGAGGGGAAGGCCUUUUCGUAGGAAUUCUCCACAUAUCAUUCAAGUGCCUCUUGCCGUGAAGAUUCUCCUUGGUGGAAGGGUUUUGUGUGUGUUUUUGUGUGUAUUGAAUGGGGGAGGGGGGAUUUGGAAGAAAGUAUUUAUACAGUAACUGUAUAAAUAAUGUUGCAUGUUCUCUUGUAUUUUUGUAUACAGCCUGGAACAUGUUUCUGAAGACCCGUUUGAUUGCUUUUUAGCCUUUACAGUUGGUAACCAGCUUUCACUGCUCUGGGUCAAGGCAGACAUUAUGCAGGGAAGCUGAGAUGUCAAAUUCUCAGUAGCAAUUCUUGCCAUUAAAUGGCUCUCCUACCAAGAAAAUACUUAAUGGAAGCUGAACUAUUACUUGAACUGUGCCCUCUGCUUUCUAGGAUGAGAGAAGAGAGAGUAAGGGAUGUCUUUCCAUUCCAUACCAUGCUGCUUUACACCCAAAGCCUCUUCCCAGUGUUCUGUACAGCAGGAAGUUUGGGCCCAUGAAUGGCUGGUUUAUUUGUUGGGAGGUGGGGGUUUUUUUGUCUGAAACACUAUAACAAAAUUUAAAGUGUGUGCCUUAAAUGACUGGGGAAAAUACGACUUUGGGUUUAGUGUUCUCAGCAGGGGACUUCUGAGCUUGCUGCUUUCCAGGUUGAGGGCUAGAGGGGUACCCAUGUGUGACUGCCUGCUAUGGACAUUAUAUUCCAAAAAUAGGGUGUAUCCCUCAUGAACUGAAUUUGGUCAUUUCUCUCUCAACCGUGAGAUGUUUCAGCAGUAACUCUCUCACACUGCCUGUUCAGUUUGUGAGUCUACUUAAGAUGGAGUGUGGGUUUUUGCAUGUUGUAAUUGUGUGCGCAUGUAGGCUUACUUGGAGGCGGCACUGGGGUGGUAAAUCAGCCAAUAAAUUACUGUAUUCAGCACCAUAGUCAGAGCCAUAAAGAAUUGCAACAUCCAUCUAUUUUUGUUCAACAUUGUUGACAUUCUGGGCACUUUGUACAUGAAAAGGGGCUGAUGAACAUGCACCUUUCUUUGAUCUUCCUUUUGUGGCUUAAAACAUGAAUUCGUGUAUCAGUUUGUGUGUGCCUAAACACAAGAUUCAGUUAUUGUAUUCAUAUAUUAUAGAAAUCAAGUAACAAUAAAAUUGCCCUCUUUAGGGAAGGAAUGGGGGGGCAUCAGUUCAAGUAUUUUGUGUUCAUCAGGUAUUCUGAGUAUUCGAGAUCCUAUUUUUAAAGUAUUUUCUGAAAUUUAUAUAAUGCAGGUAUCAUGCAUGGAUUGUAUGCCUGUCUCUGAAAGAGUGAAGCGUUCAGUAUUUUUGUUUUUCCGACGGAUCUGGGAUUUUUGUGUAUUUAUCCCUUUUGUACAGAGAAGCCGUAAAGAAAAAAAAAUGGCAUGUGGAUAAUGAAGCCAUCAGAUCCUUCCUUCAGGUCAGACCCUCUGUAGAGAAGCUUGGGCUUUGGGCCCAGAGAGCAGUGCUCUUUCGUGCUUCUUGUUCAGAGGCCUUCUUACGACCAAACACAUUCAACUCCCUCUACUGGACCUGCAGUCUGGGUCUGAGUCUUCAGAUGGAAAUGUAGAUAUAUUCUGUAAAACACACAGGAAGAUUAUUUUUAUCUGUCAUUUUAUGUGUAGAUGCUACCAUGUGACUUUCAUGCAGAAAUACUACAAGAAGAACUUUAAAACAUGUAGUUAUAUUUGUGAGUGGGAAUAUCUCAAAGCUGAGAUUCUAUGUGGGAGCCCCUGUGGAGUGCACUCCUUGUCGCUAAUGUGGUGCUGUUCUACUGCCUGAACUCUGGACAGAAAGUACACACUUUAAAGAGAGAUUCUGCAAUUUUGUUUAUAUCCAGGAACUUUGCUCUAACUGGUUAUGCCAUAUAGGAUAUCACACAAUGCCACUGGUUUUAAAAUAAACCUAUUUUUCAGACGUAA